AUGGACGGCGAUUGGUGUCCAAGUUCUAGUGAAAUAGUUCCUGGCAGUCAGGACUAUUUUCUUGAAGAUCAACAAGAAUCCAAAGAUAGCCAUGCGCCGCCAUCUCGCACAUCCAGCGGGGGACUUUGGAGUGUUAACAAGAAGCCUGCCUUUAGAAUUAAUGCCUUUUCAGCAAACUCACCUAUGAGCUCUCCUGACCAGCCGGGCAACCACCGACACGGCGAACCGCAAGCCCCCAUGCAACCCCUAACACACAUUCGCGCGAAUGACACAUCUCUAGUCGGGGUAUCUGGUGUUGGAGUAAUUCCCGACAAUUCUAUAGGCCAUAGCAAAGCAGCUGCUCCCAGCUUGCUCUCGCUCAUCCCUAAUAAGCUCACACCUAUUACUAGUAAGCUCACGCCUAUUACUGGUCGAGUAUCACGGGCAAAGAAAGGGGUACUUGUUCACAGAUGUGAGCAGUGUAAUCCACCGAAGACAUUUACUAGAGCUGAACAUCUAAGGCGCCACCAGCUAAGCCAUAAAUCCCCUACUGCAUUUAUAUGUUGUUGGCCAGGGUGCGACAAGGUUUUUCAUAGGCAGGACUUAUUAGAUCGACACACGCAGAGACAUGAACAAGAUGAAAGAGCCAGACAGGUACUUACGAUUGAGACUAAGUGGGAAUCCGGAUUAGCAGGGUGGACAACUAUUCAUGAUUAUGCGUUGUUCAACAAUUCAGUGAAUUACCCAAACGGGCAUUAUUAUAAUGCGUUUAGAAAGGACAACUAUAGAUUCCCACCAGCUAGCUCGAGCACAGCGGAUUUACGACGACGUGACUCAGUGAGGAAUUUGGAAGAGAGCAGCGUCAUUGGCGGUCUUGAGACAGCGACAGAUUCUGGAUACGGUUCCCAAGGGCAAAGCCAGAGAAAGAUUCAAAUGAGAGACACAAUCAGAACCACCUUACAGGAAUUUCCCUCUUCCAACUCGAACGACCAGGGUGACGACAAUAAAACGGAAUAUUCUGAUGCGCGUAGCCUUUAUAAUGCUAAACUAGAGGUAUAUAUCUCUGAGUUCGCACAAGAAUUAGCGGCUGUACUUCCACGGAGCAUUUCAGCAGAACAACUACCCGGCUUGUCUGGAGCGCUUCCUGAUCUUUUGAAAGCAUUUGCUAUCAAAUUCGGCUCCGAGGAAGAUACGCAUUUGCAAUACCGUUUGAUGUACCUGGUUCAUAGGUACAGAAUUCAAAUAUCUAAAGCUGUGAUAGACACGUUUACCCUAGAAGAACAGGAUGUUGAGGAUGAAGUACAAAGGCCUGACAAUGCAAUGCCUAUACAUGAUAAGAUGCUUCUAUGGGACAGGAAAAACCGCCAACUUAUCGACAACCCGGAGCAUGGAUCUACCCCGGUUGACAACUCAGACAGAGAUCAUGAAGACGACAAUCCGUGGGACGACGAUUUCGGAAGUGGCCACGACCUAUCGGAGGAUUUUCCUGAAAUAAAUGAAUAUCGACAAAUUCUUUUGAACUCGAAAGCAUAUUCAUGGUUACUCAAGUCAGUUAUUAGUAAAGUCGAACUUGAGAUACCUGCUGGAGACGACAAUGCGCGUGGCAAGAUAAGAAGAAAGAUACUCGAUUUCCUGAGCGAGCCCUCCAAAAUCAGUCAGAGAAGGGCUCCGAUGAUGCAACCCAUUGUUUUCAAACUGCCCUGGAUUCGGAACUAUCUAAUAUCUCAAGAGUACAAAUCACCCAUCCACAAAGCACUCCCUCACAGCAUAGUGAUCGUGGGUGUCAACGAUCAAACUUAUGUCACAACGUGCGGCGAAUAUCUAGAGACCGUCUGGCCAGAUCUUGGACCACAAAUACUUGGCCUUUGCAUAAGUUUGCUAAGUAGUCCUCAUGGUUCUCUCGCUAGCUGCACGCUCUUCGAUAGGACUGUUGUCUCUGCUAAUGUCAACCAAGAUGGAUCUACUGUGGAUUUUCAUCUCACUGGUACCAUAUACUCUCUAGCUGAGAUAGGUGAGAUAUUGGUCUGGCUGAGUGCUGCGUUCAACUGUAAUACUUUAGGGGAUGAUCUCGUUUAUCGCUAUCCAACCUGCGAGAUAGAAAACCAACUAGUCGGACAGCAACCAAAUAAGCCAAGGUAUUAUAACACACCCCCUUACUCUAUGAAUACGAAAUCCUACUUGAAUUUUACGUUCAUCGAAUCCUCCUUUCAAAAACCAACUGAUACAGGUCCCCAAGGAUGCUGUUGGAUCAACCUCUUUGGAAACCGCCCUGUUGUCAGUGGAUAUCCGAUCCCCCGCCGGACCACGAUGAAAACUGGUGCAGAAAUUCCUCUGAACCUCAUGGCCCAGCUCAUUAAUGCAAGAAAAAUUUCCACCUUCGCCGGAUCUAUUGUUAUUAAAGGAUGUUCCGCGUUGCUAAUCCCCACGCGACAUAUCCACGACACGAUAAUCUGGCACUUGGUGUUCGACCAGUUUGGUGAAUAUAUGUCAUACACAGACCCCAGAGUCAAAAAUAUACUCAAAGAAAGUGUGAAGGGCUUGACACAUGGGAAUCUCGAAACUUCGCGACAUGUUCUUGGCUGGUGUAAUUAUGCUUUAAACCACGCAGGUGCUGCAGACGCCAACUACUCAAUUGGAUGGUCCUCUUUGAAACCACCAGCACCUGGAUUCGCCUUUGAAAAGAUCUCGAUCGUCGGCGGCAUGUUCCUAACCGCUGGGGUAUCCACCAUCAUCGGCAAAAGAGAUAAGGCCGUACACUUCAAGUAUAGGGACGAUUACACCAUGCGACUCAAGUGGAUUUCGAAGAAAUACGUUGUCCUAUAUGACGUUCAAGACAGGAGGGCGUGGCUGUUGAACGGUGCGAGUGCUCUGUUGCAUCUAGUCAGGGCUUCCCUGCAGCACGAUCUGAAUGAUCCAUUUAAGUCGCUGUGCUUGUACGACGAAUCGGCGCUGAGCGAGUCUUUAGAUCCUCACAGCGGCAAGAACGCUGCUAUUAGGGUACUCACAAACCCACGAAACCUUGACAUUCCCUUAUACGCAAAGCCUGAUACCAACAAAGUGGAAGUGACCAGUCAUGAAAGAGGCAGAGAAAGUAAAGUAUUGAGUAGCACGAAGACGAAUUACUGCCUGAAAGACAGAAUUGAGGAUAUAUGUAACGUCCUAGAGCAGGUAAUGGCGCACCAAGCAGACACAUGCACACAAGACGGCGUCGGCUUCAAGGUCAAGGCAAGCGACCGCCGGCAUAUUGAGGGGUUCGAUUUUAUGGAUAUCGCAACUGACGAAGACCCCUGCUUUCCGCGACAAAUCACAUUACGCUCAAGCGGAAGAGGCUGGGUUGAUUUCAUCCGAGCUAUCCAUGCCGUCACUCUGUUCGGAAGUCACUUUGGAGAUCUAAUCAGUCCUUCCAAGAUCCAGGGGAAAGCCUGCGAAUCGUGCCACGCCAACGUGGAUCUGCCAAAGGGUCAGGACCUACUUGCAGUCUGUGUUUCCGAACUGAAUGACAUUUUACAGAAACGUGGCUCAAAAGCUACCACGCCUUGGAGGCUCGUGGAUGACAUAUACUGGCUUACCCCUGACAAGACAUUCGAGCCCUGUCUACGUGGACAAAAAUGUGACAGAGUGCAAGUCCUGCUGCCAGCCUCUUUUCCAAAGCUUUGGGGACGGAAUUUCAGGAGUCCCGGAGAUCUCUCCCAGGCGACGCGUGGCGCUCUCAUCUUUGGCCAUAGCCGACGGUUUCCCCUUCGAUGGGGUGAUCGCGGAGACCCGGAACAAGGCCACGCGGAGCAAGACAACGAGCUGGAUGACUUGAAUACUUCGAUGCAGGACAGUGGCAUCGGAACUAGCCUGGACUCCUCGAGCGGCAAUGAUGCUCAAUCCCCCAUUUCCAUAAGCUCUGACUCACAAAGUCAAGAGAGAACAAGGAAACGAAUUCAUCGUCUAGAGGGGGGACACGAAAAUGAACCGAAAUCAAAGCGACAAAAGCUGAAUAAUUUUUUCUCCAAUCUGUCGAGAUGA